CUGCUGCAAAACUCUCACUAUCAGCCUUCCUCUCUGUGUGUGUUUAGACCACCCUCUACUGUUCUCCUAGCGGACAGGCUUUUGCUUGUGCCCUAGCUGCAUGCAGGCCUUCAUUCUCAAUGAGAGCAGGGGCAGAGGGAGACUUGGAAUGAGAGGAGGAGAAUGGAGAGUGUAAGCCUGCAUACGAAACACAACUGAGACACCAAACUGGGACUUACCUGCACCUCCUGGAUCACUGAGUGAACUCACUACACAGAUCUUAAGCGUGUUUACUGAUAAAGACAGGAGGAACCAUGGGACCUGGAGCAUGGAGUCUAUUUAUUCUGUUUGGUCUUUCUCUCUGGAGCCAAGCCCUCACCAAGCACCCCAUCCUCUCUCGGAUACGAAGGGCUCCAGAAGCUAAUGAAGAAAACAAAAAGUGCUCUUACACCUUCCUGGUCCCUGAGCAGAAGAUCACAGGACCCAUCUGCGCUGCCCGUGGUUAUUCAGUGGACAAGGACAGAGUGACACGCGUGGAUGUAGCUGGAGUGCGUGACCUCCUGUCGAAGCAGCGUCGAGAGAUGGAGACUCUGAAGCUGGUGGUGGAUGUUGACGGCAACAUGGUGAACGAGAUGAAGCUAUUGAGGAAAGAGAGCAGGAACAUGAACUCCAGAGUGACCCAACUCUACAUGCAGCUCCUACACGAGAUUAUCAGAAAGAGGGACAACUCACUGGAGCUAGCACAGCUGGAAACACGCAUCCUCAAUGCAACAACGGAGUCUCUUCGGUUGGCCUCCAGGUACAGGGAACUGGAGGCCAAAUACGCAGCACUGUCUGCUGUGGUGAACAACCAGUCAGUACUGAUUGGUGCGUUAGAGGAGCGUUGUAUGCAGGUGUACAGCCGCAGGCAUGAGCAGUCACCUAUGGGACCUCCAAUGGUCCAGGUGGUGCCUGAGAACAUACCUGUUAAUGUGCCACGUUUCACCAAUGAGAUCCAGAGGGACAACACGCAAAGAUUUGCCCGCGAAAGGGGCUCUCGAUCUGGGCCGUCACCAACAGGUGGCACCCUGGAAGUUCAGAAACCAUUGCAGAGGAACUUCAGCACUGAAGGCCCGUUCAGAGAUUGUCUCGAUGCUCAGGAAGCUGGCCAGAGCACCAGCGGCAUGUAUCUGAUCAAACCAGACGAAGCAGAGAGGCCAAUGCAGGUCUGGUGUGAACAGGAUAUCGACAAUGGGGGCUGGACCGUCAUCCAGAGCAGGAGAGAUGGAUCUGUUAACUUCUUUAGGAACUGGGAGAACUACAAGAGCGGCUUUGGCAACAUAGACGGGGAGUACUGGCUCGGUCUGGAAGGUAUCUACAAACUGGGUAGGCAGGGGGACUACAAGCUGUUGGUGGAGCUUGAGGACUGGAUGGACAAAAAGGUCUACGCUCAGUACAGCAGCUUCCAUCUGGAGCCUGAAAGUGAAGGUUUCCGUCUACGCCUGGGAACCUACCAGGGCAACGCCGGGGACUCACUCAGCAGUCACAACGGGAAACAGUUCACCACUCUGGAUCGAGACAAGGAUGGCUUCACAGGUAACUGUGCCCAUUUCCAUAAAGGAGGCUGGUGGUACAAUGCUUGUGGCCAAGCCAACCUAAACGGUGUCUGGUACACCGGAGGAGUCUACCGCAGCAAAUUUCAAGACGGGAUGUUCUGGGCCGACUAUGGGGGAGGCUUCUACUCCAUGAAGGCUGUUCGUAUGUUGAUCAGGCCCAUAGACUGAGCAGAUCCUGUACACCGGGCUGGUCCAUGAGGAGCCAUGGGGGCCAGGGCAAACGUGAACCUCAAUAACCUCUAAUACUGACUUGAACUGCCUCAUGUAAACAACACAGACUCUUAUGUGAAGAUUGUUCUCUUUACAUCUUAAUAUCAACACAUAGAGGGAUUUAGGGUACAUUUUAACCACCGAAUACACAUGUAAUGAAGGGAAAUUAAGAAUAAUGGCCAAAAUCUUGCAGCUAAAUAAUGCAACAUGACUUAUAUGUGGUCACCCUGCAGAGAGGAGACAUCACAUCCUAACAGAACUUCAUUGUUAGCAUUUCAUAAAGAAGCUUCGGCAUCAAAGAAUCUAUAAGAAGCUCUUUUUUACUCUCCGAGACAAACUUUUUGGCGGGAAAUACUCAUUGAAAGUAGUUAACUUUUUCUCCUUCCUGGAGGCUGAAAAAUAAAUGUAAUUAAUAUCAAUAUAACUUUAUUUAAACUCUGUAUCCACCUCCAGAAUUGAGAAAAAACCAAGGGGAGUUGGAGGUUUUAAUACACAUUGUAUGUACAACCAAUUGCACAAAACAGUAGUGAUUUUAUUUUUCUUCUGCCACAUAAUAUGACCAUUAUGUGUGCAGAUGACCAGCAACGAUAAUUUAUGUGUAUAAUUAACUUAUCAUAACAUUGAACAGGACCAGGUGUCCUGAGGGAACAGUAAAUGAUCCUACAGAAAGUAGACCUAAUUUCCUCCACUGUAUAUGUGACAAUCAUUCUCACAGUGUGCCUGCACGGAGGGAAAUUGCUGUUAUGUGUUUUUCUCAUUUUGCUGUUGAUUAAAUUUCAGUAUGAUUCUGUGAAAAACAA